AUGGGCAAGGUGGAGCGAGUCUGGCCCGACCAGAUGCAGGCUAGGUUUAGGGAAACUCUGGUUACCCGUGGUAAGCCGCAGGUCGGGUCGGGGUGCGGGCCACUAGUGACGGGGGCAACGGACGCGCUCCUUCUCGACCUCGUGAUUGUGGGCCUCGACCUCCUCGUCACGGCGCUGAGGGAUCUGGGAUCGGUGGUGCGAUUUGGACGAGGUGUCGACGAGGCGGAAGGAGGCGUCUUCGUCGGUAGCAAGGGUGGCGAACGAGUCGUCGCCGGAGAAAUUGAAGGCGGAGUCGAACGGGUGGUAGCCUCCCACCAUGUUUGGAUCCAGAUCGGGCCUGAGCGGGAGAAGGGGGCAAAGGAGACGUUGGAGGGGUGGUUGGGGACGGAGAGCGCGGCAGAGCCGAAUUCUGGCGGGACCCAACCGUCGGGGUUGAACGGCACGGCGUCUACCUCGAAAUUACCAUAG